CUUCUUGAACCAUCAAUCCAAGCCUACUCGCCUAUCAGAGACAACCCAACAAAAAGAAGAUUUCCAAAGCAUCAGAAUAGAGCAUCCAUUUUUUUCCCUUGCUCAUCUAAACUAUCCUGCCACUGCACAAAUUCACUAUGCCGGACUUGCGUCGUCAGGUACUGGAGAGCGGCAAGACGAUCUCUCGCAAGGCCGCCUCUCGUGAAGGCUCGCGCCGCACAUCGCGCACCACCUCGGCCCAAAACUCUCGUCCCUCGUCGCGGCCAACUAGUCGGUAUGGCUCAGAUGAAGAGGAUGCCGGAAAUCUCAGCGAUGAGACCACUGCUCUCAGCAUUGGCUCGUUGGAUGACCUCACCGAAGAUCUUGACCAGGACACCAACAACUGGACGCAGGAACUGGGUGAUGUUAUCGCCGACAUCCUCGACCGCAAACGCAGCAGUGUCCUAAGCCGCGAGGAGGCCUACGCCGCAUUCUGUCGCUUGGCCAAGUCCCAUUAUGUCGAGGACCACAUUCGUAGCCAGAUUUCUGACCUGCUGGCCGCCUUCUGCCGCAGUGUCAAGUUCGAGUCCAGCGUACGCGAGACUACCUUAGCCCUGCGCGCGCUCGAACUCUUGGCCAUCACAGCCUUUGACAACACCAUCUACGAGAAUGUCGAGCCACUGCUCUCGCGCACCAUUCGCGAUUCCACCUCGACAUCCAUCAAAGCUGCCGCGAUUCAUUGUCUUGGCGUUUGCACUAUGUUCGGCGGCGCUGGUGAAGACGGUAUCCUGGACCAGAUGACCUUCUUCCUUGACAUUGCCGCCUCCGACGGUCAAUCUAUCGACGCUCCUGACGACGCCGGCAGUGUCACGGCUGCGUUGCAGGAAUGGGGAAUGCUCGCUACCGAGAUUGACGAUCUCGAAGGUGAGAGUGAAGAGGCCGUGCAGAUCUUCAUGGAUCAGCUGGACAGUGGUGACUCUGCUGUGCAAAUCGCGGCUGGGGAGAAUAUUGCGCUUCUCUACGAGAAGAGUUAUACCGAGCAAGAAGACGACGAAGAUGAAGAAGAAGACGAAGAAGGCCAUUCCAAGGACGCUGACUCUGACGAUGAGUCCUUCCUUUCGCCCGGCGGGCGUUCCGGCCCAAAGCUUAUCAAGCGCUACAAUGCCUACCACAACACCCACGAGCUCGAACAGCAACUACAGUCGUUGGCCACGAUACACAGCAAACGUAUCAGUAAGCGCGACAAGAAGAGUCUGCACAGCAACUUCGCCUCCAUCUUAACCACGGUUACCAACCCACGUCGUGGGCCCAUGUAUAAUACCGCCAUUGAUCAUGACACAAAUCGGCACUACGGUAGCAAGUUGACGGUCAAGGUCGGCAAUCAGGGCGUGAUGAACAUUGACCGCUGGUGGAAGUGGAUCCGCUUGAAUUCGCUUCGUCGCAUCUUACAGGGUGGCUUCGCAGCCCAUUACUUUCAGGGAAACCGUGCUGUGCUUGAUAAUCUUCCUGUGAUGGUACGCAUGAAUGUCACCUCUUCGGAUCGCAGUGCGGCAAAACGCGCCGCCAAGUCUCGGAACAACCGUCGAUGGGCUGUCCACGAUCACUCCGAUGAAGAAUAUUAAUCGACCCAUUCGGACGCUCGCGGCUCUAGUCUUUCUGCCAGAUAAUGGGCCAAUAGUUAAUGAGAUGUCUCGCUCAAGCG